GAACACAAGGGAAGUUACUCUAAGGACAAACAUUGACAAUGUUGAAAUAACUUUUGAAAUUUCUGCUGUUGAUAAAUACUUUGUUGCUGAUUGUUGUUCUUAAAAAAAGAAAAAUGCCUUUGCCCCUGAUAAAACUAGGAGUACUCUUUGUAAAACAAAUGAGUAAACCACUUGCCAAUGCUGUCAAAAGAAGUGCAAGGGCAAGUCCAACUUUCAAAAAGAUUUGCAUGAAGCCGGCUGAAUUGUACCACUCAUAUGAAAUUAAUAUCAAGAUGAGGAUACUAGGGCUGGGAAAACCAACACAGAAACAAGCACUGUCGCCAGAUAAAGCUGUGGAGCUGGGUGCAGAGAUGAUAGGUGAAAUAACACUGUACACAUUCCUGGUGGGAAUUUUGUACGCAGAAUAUUCUUACUCAGCCAGAAACAGUGAAAGAGAAAAGGAUGAAAAGAAACAAUAUUUGAUGUCGUUGGAAAGACAUGUGACGGAAUUAGAACUUAACUCAGCAAGAGUGGAAGCAGAGCUUCGUGAAUUGCAGAGAAAAGUUGGUGAAUUAGACAGUAAAAGUUACAGUUUAAUGGAGAAAGUGUAUGGUAAAGGAAAGAAAAGUUGAUGAAGCUGUGCAAGUUAAUAUUGUAUUGUGAUAGAUACAAUAGUAUGGUUUAACCAGUAGUCAUUAAUAUAUGUUGUGAUACAAAAAAUACUGUGGUUUUAGUCAUCAAUGUAUUGGAUUUCAUUUUUACCAUUUCUAGAGGAUGAUAUAAGAUACAAAUGUUCCAAUUUUUAAUAGUACUUAGUAUGAAAAAAAGUGUCAAGUAUGUUGAAGCAACCGUUAGAAAAUCUUUGUGAGCAAGGCUUUUAUUUUAGCUUGGUUCAGAGAAUAGAUAAAGCUAUUGAUUGCACUUGCCUGUCCCUCGGUGUCUAUAUUGGCAAAGUGUUACCUAAGUAACUACUGAUGGGAAUGGAUUGAAACCUCACAUGCUUUCUUUACUGCAGGGUUCGCACAGGCUUAUAAAGUGCUUAAAUUUUGCCACUCAAAGUCUGUAUGAACCCUGUACUGUGAUGAUAUGUCAGACUUGCAAUGCACAGGUUCAGUAAGUUUGUUUCUAAAUUUUACAAUGUUGUGCUGUGUUUUUAUCAUCCGCCAAAGGCAAAUGACCUUUGCUCAUUUUAAUAUUACCCACCUUGACCCAGUAAAACUAAAAGCAGAGGUUUUCUCUUUGAUAUUAUAAAACAAUAAGGAUUGUUGAUGGUAGUUAGGUAACAUAUUGAUCGGUCAUCAUAAACUAAUAUAACUUGUGUAUAUCCGUAAAUUAGUUAUCUUUCAAAAUAAAGUCACCUCAUUCACAGACACAACCCAUUUGGUGGGGAUACAGAUUCACUGACUUUGCUUCUUGACUCGAGUUUCUGUAUACAUGUAGACUGCUUUCUUAGUGUUGAGGGUUUUGAAUAGUUAAGCAUUGCUCUUGUUGUCUUUAUAUUUUCACCUGCUGGUUAGU